AUGCAUGGGGGAGAUUUGUACAAUGGGGGAGGUAGUUUACGUUUGGGAAGUGGUUCAAUGAGAAGUAAUGGAAGAGAUUUAUUUUCGAGGUCUUUAAGAGAAGAUGAUGAUGAUGAAGAAGCAUUAAAAUGGGCUGCAUUGGAGAAAUUGCCAACUUAUGAUCGUUUGAGGAAAGGCAUAUUGACUACUCCCGAAGGUUGUGUUGAUGAAGUUAAUGUGAAUAAUCUUGGACUUCAGGAAAGGCAGAAGUUGAUUGAAAAGUUGGUUAAAAUUGCUGAAGUUGAUAAUGAGAAGUUCUUGUUGAAACUCAAGAACCGCAUUGAUAGAGUUGGGAUUGAAAUUCCGAAAAUCGAGGUUCGAUUUGAACAUCUAAAUGCGGAAGUAGAAGCAUAUGAAGGAAGUAGAGCUUUGCCUUCAUUUUUUAACUUCUGUUUCAGCAUCAUAGAGGGUCUCUUGAAUUCUCUCCGUAUUCUUUCAAGUAAAAAGAAACAAUUGAAAGUUCUGCAGGAUGUCAGUGGAAUUAUCAAGCCAGGAAGAAUGACAUUGCUUUUGGGUCCUCCAGCUUCCGGAAAGACUACUCUACUAUUGGCUUUGGCCGGCAAGCUUGAUUCUUCUCUAAAGACAUCUGGGAGGGUGACAUACAAUGGGCAUGAGAUGCAUGAGUUUGUGCCACAGAGAACUGCUGCUUAUAUCAGUCAACAUGAUGUGCAUAUAGGAGAGAUGACUGUAAGGGAAACUUUGGCCUUCUCUGCAAGAUGCCAGGGGGUUGGAACGCGUUAUGAGUUAUUAGCGGAAUUGUCAAGAAGAGAGAAAGCCGAAACUAUUAAGCCUGAUCCUGACGUUGAUGUCUUCAUGAAGGCAGUAGUAACAGAAGGUCAAGAAGCCAAUGUGAUCACUGAUUACAUUCUGAAGAUUUUAGGACUGGAAGUCUGUGCUGAUACAAUGGUGGGUGAUGAAAUGUUUAGAGGAAUAUCAGGAGGACAAAAGAAGCGAGUUACAACAGGUGAAAUGCUUGUUGGACCAGCGAAUGCAGUGUUCAUGGAUGAGAUAUCUACAGGUUUAGACAGCUCUACAACUUUCCAUAUUGUAAAUUGUAUCAGGCAAACCAUUCACAUCCUUGAUGGAACUGCUCUGAUCUCUCUCCUUCAGCCAGCACCAGAGACUUAUGAUCUAUUUGAUGAUAUUAUCCUUCUAUCUGAAGGUCAGAUUGUGUACCAGGGUCCCCGUGAACAAGUUCUAGACUUUUUUGAAUCCAUGGGCUUCAAAUGUCCCGAAAGAAAAGGCAGCUAUUUCUUGCAAGGGUGUGUAACUUCAAAGAAAGAUCAGCAGCAGUAUUGGUCAAGUGAAGAUGAGCCUUACGAGUUUGUCACAGUCAAGGAAUUUUCUGAUGCAUUUCAAUCAUUCCAUGUGGGUCGUAAACUUGCUGAUGAUCUUGCUAUUCCAUUUGAUAAGAAAAUGAGCCACCCAGCUGCUUUGACAACCAGAAAUUAUGGUGUUAACAAGAAGCAAUUGUUGAAAGCUUGUAUCUCAAGAGAACUUUUGCUGAUGAAGAGGAACUCGUUUGUCUACAUGUUCAAGCUCAUCCAACUCAUAACAAUGGCAACAGUUGGCAUGACACUCUUCUUUCGAACUAAGAUGCACCGAGAAUCAGUGACAGAUGGAGUCAUUUACACGGGUGCCAUGUUUUUCUCUCUAGUUACAAUCAUGUUCAAUGGAAUGGCAGAUAUUUCAAUGACCAUAGUUAAGCUUCCUGUUUUUUACAAGCAAAGAGAUCUCCAAUUCUUUCCUUCAUGGGCAUAUGCUCUUCCCUCAUGGAUCCUUAAGAUUCCCGUAACCUUUGUAGAGGUUGUUGUGUUUGUAUUCACAACCUAUUAUGUAAUUGGGUUUGAUCCCAAUGUCGAAAGGUUGUUUAAGCAGUUCUUGCUGCUCUUGAUACUUAACCAGGUGGCUUCUGCAUUGUUCCGACUGAUUGCUGCAACAGGCAGAAACCUGGUUGUUGCUAAUACAUUUGGUGCAUUUGCAUUGCUGCUGCUUUUUGCUUUGGGUGGAUUUGUCCUUUCACGAGAGGACAUCAAGGAUUGGUGGACAUGGGCUUAUUGGUGUUCACCUUUGAUGUAUGGGCAGAAUGCAAUAGUGGUUAAUGAGUUCCUUGGAGAUAGUUGGAGAAAAUUUUUGCCAAAUUCAGCUGAACCACUGGGAGUUUUAAUUCUGAAGUCGCGUGGGUUCUUCCCAGAUGCAUACUGGUAUUGGCUAGGAGUAGGGGCACUAGCUGGUUUUACACUACUGUUCAACUUUGGCUUCACUUUAGCUCUCACUUAUCUCAACCCAAUUGGUAAACCUCAGGCUGUUGUGCCAGAGGAAUCUCAAAGGGAUGAGCAUGAUAACAAAAAUGGAGGAGUUAGUCAGUUAUCAAACCAUGAAAGCAACUCGGGAAACAGAGCUCAGUCAGGUGGUAGAGCUGCUCAGGCUAGUCAUGACAAGAAAAAAGGAAUGGUUCUUCCAUUUGAACCACAUUCCAUCACCUUUGAUGAAAUUACAUACUCUGUUGACAUGCCGCAGGAAAUGAAACUUCAAGGUGUUGUGGAAGACAAACUUGUGCUUCUGAAGGGUGUGAGUGGUACUUUUAGGCCUGGUGUUCUUACUGCUCUGAUGGGUGUUAGUGGUGCUGGUAAAACCACUCUGAUGGAUGUGUUGGCUGGAAGGAAAACAGGCGGAUAUAUUAAUGGGAACAUCACAAUUUCUGGUUACCCAAAGAAGCAAGAGACAUUUGCUCGUAUUUCAGGAUACUGUGAGCAAAAUGAUAUCCACUCUCCUCAUGUUACUGUAGAAGAGUCUUUAUUCUACUCAGCCUGGCUUCGAUUACCCCCUGAAGUAGAUUUUGAAACUAGAAAGAUGUUCACUGAGGAAGUCAUGGAGCUUGUGGAAUUAAAGCCAUUAAGACGAGCACUAGUUGGUUUGCCUGGUGUAAAUGGCCUGUCAACUGAGCAGAGAAAGAGGCUUACCAUAGCAGUUGAGCUCGUAGCGAACCCCUCUAUCAUAUUUAUGGAUGAGCCAACUUCAGGUUUAGAUGCAAGAGCUGCUGCAAUUGUUAUGAGAACAGUUAGGAAUACAGUUGACACAGGAAGAACGGUGGUAUGCACCAUUCAUCAACCAAGCAUCGACAUAUUUGAAGCUUUUGAUGAGCUAUUCCUACUGAAGCGGGGGGGACAAGAGAUUUAUGUUGGGCCAUUGGGUCACAAUUCUGUCAGUCUUAUAGAAUAUUUUGAGAAAAUUGAAGGAGUUGGUAAAAUCAAAGAAGGUUACAAUCCCGCUACUUGGAUGUUGGAAGUUACCGCUUCAUCGCAAGAAGUGGUUUUGGGGAUUGAGUUUGCUGGUAUCUUUAAAAACUCAGAAUUACAUAGGAGAAACAAAGCACUUAUCAAAGAUUUAAGCAAGCCAGUUCCAGGUUCAAAGGAUCUUCAUUUCCCUACUCAAUUUGCACAAUCAUUAUUCACCCAGUGCAUGGCUUGCUUAUGGAAACAACGUUUGUCAUACUGGCGUAAUCCAUCAUACACUGCUGUUAGAUUUUUGUCCACAACUGUCAUAGCUUUGAUAUUUGGGACAAUGUUCUGGGACAUGGGUACCAUAACGUCAAAGCAGCAAGAUCUGUUUAAUGCAAUGGGUUCCAUGUAUACUGCUGUUAUCUUCCUCGGCGUCCAAAAUGGUGCAGCUGUGCAGCCUGUAGUUGCUGUUGAAAGGACAGUAUUCUAUAGAGAAAGAGCUGCUGGAAUGUAUUCAGCUAUGCCAUAUGCAAUUGCUCAAAUAGUGGUAGAACUUCCUUAUGUAUUCUGUCAAGCUGCAGUCUAUGGCGUUUUAGUAUAUGCAAUGAUUGGAUUCGAAUGGAAUGCUGCUAAGUUCUUCUGGUAUUUAUUCUUCACGUACUUCUCAUUUCUCUACUUCACCUUCUAUGGCAUGAUGGCAGUGGCUAUGACACCAAACCACCACAUUGCUUCCAUUGUUUCAUCUGCAUUUUACGCAAUGUGGAACCUCUUUUCAGGCUUCAUCAUCCCAAGAACUAGAAUUCCCAUAUGGUGGAGAUGGUACUACUGGGUAUGUCCAGUAUCUUGGACCUUAUAUGGGUUGGUUGCAUCACAGUUUGGAGAUUUACAGAAUAAAGUUGAAACUGGUGUUACAGUAGAACAGUUCUUAAAAGAUUACUUCGACUUUGAGCAUGAUUUUGUUGGAGUAGUAGCAGUCAUUGUUGUUGCAUUCACAGUGCUCUUUGCAAUCAUCUUUAUAGCAGGGAUUAAGGUAUUUAAUUUCCAGAGUCGGUAGAAACCGAAUCCUAAUUUGUGUAUUUAGAGAAUUCUGCUGUGAAAAUUUCUUUGUUCAUGGAUUUAUAUGAAUAAUAUUUUGAUUAAAAGUUG